GGGGACUGAAUACCAUACCCGCCUAAGAUGGGAACAUCGUAUAUACGGGUCAUUGAUAGAAACUCUUUUAUUAAAGGUCCCAGAAUCACGUUUUUGUGGUCGCGCCACCCGUUCAUGUUAUCUUGUACGUGAGGCUCAAAUUUACUCUGUCGUACCCGGGAGAUUGCUUACUGUAGAUUUUAGCUCCUAGGACGUUCGACCAUUAGUCCGACAUCUUCAAUGAAGAAUCCCCCUCCCACCGACCUCAUUUCCCUCCCUACCUCUCCCUCCUUAUCUUUCCAUACGAUACGAUACGAUAACUUUGUUUAAACACGGUAUUUCCAUCGGUCUAUUUACGAUAAUCAACUAGCUACCUAUCUUCCUAACUAAAAUCAAAGAGAGAAGAAUCCAAACAAAUAAAAACGCGCUUUUCAUGGUACCCUACGAACGGAGUCUCCUUCGAUCUUCCUAGAUCGAAGGAGACCCCGCUCGAAGGGUAUCUUCAUGGAGGCCUUGUUGAAAAAAUCACUUAAAACUGUGGCGACUUAGUUUAGUCUUGAACUCGGUUUAUGAAGUUGCUUGUCUUAGUUCUAUAGGUAAUUUAUUCCACAACUGAGCUCUAUCAAUUUUCCGGCGUGUAUCUUCUAUUGGUUUGGAUCUGAGCAGUCUUUAGUGACUGAAUUAGCGUAAUUGGAACUUUUUUUUUCCAAGACAAGAGCCGAACGCCCUAAGAAAAUGCUAAGCGUGUACCCACGUUUGAAAUUUGGGAAAGAGCAUAAAUUUCCUUUUCAUUUGUUGAGGAACUGACAGACACAUCUACAGAAUGAAUCAGCCUUUGUUCAAAUCCAUCUUGGAACCAACAAUUUUGUUACCUGUCAAUGGCUGGGAACGUAUACAAACAGUUUGAAUGAGCUUCAGGGUUAGUUACUGUAAUAUAAGAAUUACCAUGCUCUUUGUUCUCAAAAUGAGAAAAUUUUAGAUUUCAAGGACAUUUCGAAAUCAAAUGGCGCAAAACUCGACAUCCGCCAACAUAUAACCUUAUAAAAUGAUUAGGUUAUUACUACUCUUUUAAAGAGUGUAUCAAUUUAUCGUCUUCGACGGUAUAAAUAUACCAAGCUUAUUUACUUUGUCUUCAUAUUAUAACUCCUUUAUUUCGCAGUUCAAAGCAUCUAUUUAACUUCCUUGGGUUGUACACCUGUUUACCACGGGUUCAACAUUUUUUCGCUUCUGUCAAGUUACUAAGUACCUCACUUCACACAUUGCAAUCAAUGCCUCCGGUAUUUUUAAUUUUUGCUGAAAUUUUAAACUUGACAGGUCUAAAUUACCUUGUGUUUUUCAUUAGCUUUCUGUUUUCUAUCUUUUAAUGAAUAUGCCAGCUUUGUGAGGUCGAUGUUUUCUUUUGACAGAAAGUCGCCUACAUAGGGGACAUGCUGUUUAAAUCAUAAUUUUUGAAGUUAAUUUCAUUUGGAGAAUUUAAAAUCUUAGUUUGCUCAGCGUUACGACUAAUUGGAUGAACAAAGCUGUUAUAGCAAUCGUCUGCCUGUAUCGGUUCCUUCUCAAGAAAUAAUAAUGUACUUUUUAUAAAAAGUCCUCUCGCGGAUGCAAUAAGUGUAGUUUACCCUGGACGAGCCGUAAAUUCUUACGCGUAAUUUGAUUCACAUCCGGACUGGCUUCUAUUAACCACCGAGGUCAUUAAUUUUUCGCCUUAUAAACAAAGAAAAAUCCAAUUUAGUUGGCAGUGAUGAUCAUUCACCAGGUCUGUCUGACUCGGCAGCGGUAAACAUGACGUUUUGAGAUCUUCAGAAACUUGCCAGGAAAGUCAAGAUCGUUCAUGUAUCGAUGCGUAUACAUUGUGGGACUGAAAGCCACAUAAAACGCGCGAGCGAAUCUCCCGAAGUUAAGCUGUUGUUUAACAAUAACCAGAAGUGUCGUUGUUAUUUUCAAGCCAUCUCCGGUAAAAUGUUAAUUAGCUUCUUAAGCAAACUAUUUGUCACUUCGAUGUCUGUAAAAAACAUUAGCGGCACAAUAGGGGAGAUCGACCCGUCUAAAUAUUUGCUCAUAGAAGUUGUAAAUUUUCCUUGUACUAACAAAGUCAUUUGCGUUUAAUAAGUCGCCAAAUCGUGGACGAUCACACGACCGUGACUCGCUCUUCGAAACGAUCUCUUGCAGCCAAUUUGUAAACGCCCCGAAAAAGAUCUCUGGCGAUACUAUAGACCGUGAACUCGAAACCUCGAGGUAUCAAGUGUUGAAUCAUUCUGGACAAAUGACACGCAUUUGGUGAACGUGGAGGCACUAAAUGAAACAAUAAACUUGUCAUUUGCAGAACAAAGGAAAGCGGCCUUGUUCUAGUUGGAUUUCGAUUAACGCAACAUAGUAAUUGACAGUCAAGCUAAUGGACAGGAAAUGUGAAUAUAUAGAGAUCGGUGAUCAUGCCUGAUCAUAUUAGUUUGAGUUUCGUGGCUGUCGGACGAACGUGGUAAAGUGGAGUCGCGAAAAAACGAGCCGUCUUUGACGCUGAGGAAAUCCACAAGGGAAAGCAGAGGAUUUCUGGAAAGGCUGAUGGCGACAGAGAAAUUUGAUUUUCUCAAAGAACCCCCGAACAAGCGAUUGUGUGGAGGCUGCGGUUGUCCUAUUAAUGAUCGAUUCCUUCUGAAGGCGCUAGACCGCUAUUGGCACGAAGAUUGCUUGAAAUGCGGCUGUUGCGAAUGUCGCCUGGGUGAAGUUGGAUCCACUCUCUACACAAAAGCGAAUUUAAUUCUUUGUAGAAGAGAUUAUUUGAGGUUGUUCGGAACUAAAGGCUUCUGCACCGUGUGCUGCAAGACAAUUCCCGCCUUCGAGAUGGUGAUGCGCGCCGGGGAAAACGUCUAUCACUUGGAGUGCUUCUCCUGUCAAAGAUGCCAUCAGAGAUUCUGCGUAGGGGACAAAUUUUACUUAAUUAACAACAGAAUUCUGUGUGUUGAUGAUUACGAAGAGAUGAUGUCUUACGGGAAACCAGAUACCAAGAGAUUCAUUGUCUAAAGAGGCGUUUCUCUAUAGGAAGAAAAAUUCCUUGACACGCGUCCCAGACGAGCCCAUUUUUUUAGCCUCAUAUUUCGAAUUUUCGUGCGUGUUCCUUCGCUCCUUGUUUGGCAACCAUCUAUUUUUUAGGUGUUUCCUGUUUUUAUUUGUAUUUUAGGUUAAUACCGCUACUGUCUAUGCUAGUUUUAUACCCCUGUCGUAUCUGCCCGUGGAUCUUUUCCGUUUCUUCUCUACUGGUUUUCAGUUGGGUUUCCCGCUUAACAUUUUGAUGGUUUUUCGUGUAAUACAAAAGUCAACGCUUUCUUUGACUGUUCUUAGUUUCAUUACACUGGAUUUUACAUCCUUGCUUUUCACCUAGUGACAUUGCUUGCUCUUAAUAAUGUAAAUAAAACCACUUUAAAAGUGACAAUUUGAAGAGAACGCUAAUUUCCUUCCAUCUCUGCUACCUGUCAAAUAAGGGAAAUUUUCUGCACGCUAAAGUAAUGGACACAUUGUAUGUCAAGAGCAUUGUAACAGAACACUGAUGCAGAACACUGUAAUGGCUUCCAAAUGUAAAGAAUUGUGGAUUGAAAUCCCGAAACGUCGUUAUUGCUGCGAUAUAUGAAUGGAACAUUUGACACUCGCAAGACGCGAAAUCGAGAUUGUGAAGAAUUAAUAAAAAAUAUUUCAAGUAUUUAGUAAA